AUGCCUAUGGAGAUAUACUUGCAGCGAAGCUAUCGAGGACGUAUUGUUGAUGCUGCAAAGUGGAGAAAGGGCAAACAAGGGACCGCAACAAAAAUCACAAAAGAGAAGCUGUUUUCUUGCUCAGGAAUGAGGGCUGACAGCGAUAUGAUCUUCACGUAUCACCUCUGGACUCUUGCGGACAACGACAACGGGAAAUUUGAGAGAAAUGGCACAGAAGUCUUGUGAGAAGCUGUUUCUGGCUAUUCUAAUGCUGCUUGAGAUGUAGAUGUCUCUCACCAAUUUCAAUCUCAGUCCUGCUGGUGCUUCCAACCCGAUGCAAAGAGUUCACCCAACAAAUUCUCUCAGGUCGAAGAUUUCUGAUGUCGAUGGUUCGGGGGACAAAAAGGUGACGUUCAACUUGGAUGGAGCUAACAAUGCCAUGCCAUGCGAAAUCUGGAGUAUGAAUUAG